AUGGAGUAUACGCUUCCGCCGCCGGUGACGGAGGCGCCACCAUGUUCGGUGGCGUCGCAGAUGAUGGGGGACGAAGCGGGGUUGAGUAAUUUUGUCGAGCAGGAGGAGAGUUCAAUUAUGGAAUCCCCGAAAAGAGAACCAUCAGAAUGGACUGAUGAGAAGCAUAAUUUGUACCUAAAUUCCAUGGAAGCUUCUUUUGUUUAUCAGUUAUAUAAUUCAUUGGACAUGCGAUGUGGGGAAACCCAAAACGAGUUCUUGCUAAAUACAAAGUCAUCUAGGGAAGUUCAUUCUGGAACCCAUUAUCCUUCUGGCGAGUUUAAGGUUCUACAACAUGGCUCUUGGUCAAGGAUUGAUUUCAGGAGAGAAAAUUCGGUUGUGAAUGUAGCUGAUAGACCCAUUGUGACUUCAAGUAAUCCAUGGAUUCAGCAUUUUAGGAAAGCUAAGGAAUCCCUUUCACCCCAGGAAAACGGGACAUUAAGUACAAUAACUCACCACACAAGUUAUGGUAACACAGAGGUAAUAGAUCAAAACUUUGUUGAAGAAGAUUGCACUAUAGAGAGAGUGACCACACCCUGCAACAAAAAGAGGAAGAAUACUUGUGUAUUUUCCAAAUUAGGCAAUGGUCAGGCUGCAUCCUUUUGGCACUUGUCCUGUAAUGGAAAUCGCCAAUAACCAUGUUUCUGAGGCCUUGUGAGUUGUGAAGUUUCUCAGUGAUUUCCAACAAGAGAAAACGGAUGGCUUGUUUAGAUCUUAAUAUAACAUGAGAUUAUUUUCCAACAAUGGUAUUAUUUAGGACUUGUUAGC